AAAUAUGUUUUCCCCAACAGUGCAGCUUUCCGCAAGGAUACUGUGAAAAUUGAAACCAGGAUUCGAAUCCUGGAGACCCGCUGGGGUUGGUGUGUGUGUACGAACCACUUGAAAUAGUUCCAGCAUUUUGCAAUAUCCUUUUCCCGUGCCGUGCUCGUGAGGUGAAUCUGGUUAAGAAUCUUCUUUUUUUUUUGCGCAAGAACGUUUCGGGGUGUAUUUGUGAUGCUGCCGCUGUUCUUGUGCGUGUGCGUGUGAGUCAGCUCGCGGCCCAGAACGAAAACAACGCGAUCUUGGGCCCCGCGGCUUCUCGAAUCCUUUUCGCUGUGUCCUGGGAGUAGGAUUUUCCCGGAAUCCCCUUUGCCCGUUUUCCGUGAAAUGGUUCGCGAGGAAAAUCCAGAUUUGCCCCCAAAACGCUCAGUGCUUGGGGCAGAGUUGAAAUAAAGCAGCAAAAGUGAUUGGUUUCAUCUCGUUCAUCUCGGAUGCAUGGAUGCGCGUGGUUGAUGGUUCAUGCGGUUGGUUAAAUGUUUUGUGUAUCCCAAGGUGAUGCCGAAAGAGUGUUGAAAACGUAAGAGAGGAGAAAAAAAGUGAUGAAAAUUGGUCUGAACCGGAAAAAAGGAAAAUCCUUCUGGCGUGCGUGCUAGUACAGUGUGCGUGUGGUGCGCGUGUGUUUGGCUCGAAGUGAAACGAUUCAUCUCCAUCAAAGCAAGCGACGGCGGCCAGCGGUGGAAAGAUCGGCGCGAUUCUUGCGAUUUCCUCCACCUUCGUUUGGAGCCGUCGCGUGUCGUGAAAAAGAGAAGAACCACACCACUGGAAACACAAUGUAAACGGAAAGUAAAAGAAAGUGAGUGAAGAUUGCAGAAUCCAGCACAGAACGAAGGAGAAGAGACAGCACUAGUGCACGAUGGCACGGUUACGCUGAACCACAGCCGGGCGAGCGAGUGAGCGAGCGUUCUAUCGCGAGUGAUAAAAGUGAUAAGAGCGCUACGGUGCCAGUGGUAUUAGCUUCAGGAGCAGAAGCGCCUGUCAACAGCAGAGUGCCAAGCGUCCUCUACCACCCAAACUGCACCCUGCAGAUAGCAGACCGCAGACCGCUGCAGAAGCCGGUGCCAUAAAACGGGGCACCGCUUGGUGGUGUCCGCUUCUUUCGCGAGGAUCAGCAUCAGCAUACCGUCCGACGGGAUGGAGAAAUCGGCCUCAGCCCAUGCGGCGGCGACGGCGGCAUCGGGUGCCGCCGGGCCUAAGGUGUCGCAGAUAGCGAACCUGUUCCAGCGCAAACCGGUCGAGCACACGGGCGCACCGGAAACGCAACCGAACCGAGGGGGUUCCGCCGGUGGAGACGCACUACCGGGUGGAGGCCCAGCAGCACACCACUCACCAACCGCUACGGUUGUGCGGACGGAAUCGCACGCGGCCCGAUUUAAUAACGCCCGCGCACUGUUUGAAAAGUUGGGCGAGGGUCGCGUCAACCGACCGCCACCGUUCAGUAUUAAGAUGUCACAUUCCAGCAGCAAGGAGGACAAUCUGUCCGAUAUCGGCUCCGGUCCGGACCGAUCGCCUUCACCAAAGAGAAAGCUGCAGCAGCAGCAGCACCAGCAGCCAGGUCAAGCCAUGCCGGCCAUUAGCAACGGAAUCGGGAAGCUCGAUUCAAACCGCAUCCUGAACCAAUCGCGGCUCAAAUCGGAAAAGCCCGAAAAACCCGAAAAACCAGAGCGCAAAUUUAAUUCACGCGAGCUGAUUGAGAAGCAGAAGAACUGGACGUCACACUUUUCCAAGACGCGCUCGAGUAAGGGUGCGGGAGGGGGUGAUUUCACACGCUGUGACAUCAUCCGGACAGUGCCAGGGACGGGUAUCAUCGGAGGUGCAGCUCAAUCCGCUGCCUCACAUCCACCGGCCACAAAUGGAACGUACGGUGGUGCCACCGUAACAGCCAUACCGAACGGUAGCUCCAAAGAGAGUAGCCCUUACGGGGGACCAAACGGACAUCCACCACUGCCCCCCACGACGGUCCUUGGUGGCCACCAUCGGUUACCGUCCCCCAGUGAACCACCGCCGAGUCCACCGAAAAGACAAACGCCACCACCACCCCCACCAGAGAAGGGUCCACGGGUCCUACCGACGGCCAACAUGCGCCAGAGCUCGUUCCCCAGUCCAACCAAGACACCGCCAGCGGUACCACCGCACGCCACCGAUCCCAGCUCGCUCAGUCCGACCAAGAUCAGUCCGGAGAAGCUGAAGCCACCGGUAAGGCAGGCGGAACCACCACCAGCAGCGCCUAGCAGUGGGCCACCGGUGGCUCCGGUGCGAAGCAGCACCACCGUGCUAACCACCGUCCAGCACAACCACCAUCAACCGGUCGCUACGGAGCAGUCGCAGCCACCGGAGAAGCCACCGGCACGCAAAAAAUCCCUCGAGGGUAGUCUGGACGAACGGAGCAGCGGGGUGGCACCACCACCACCACCAUUGAAGUACCCCGAACUCGGUGGCCUCGCACGGCGUCAAU